AUGAGCCACUCAUGGUCAACAUCUUCCAUCACCAAUCAAAAGCCUGAUAAAGCAAUAACCCAACAUGCCACGAAGACUUACGUAAAACUAAACUGCUUAAUAGAUGGCGGUGGCAUUUCUCUGGACAGAGGAGCAAAAGCAGAUGAUCUUCACCCCUCCAAGCUUACAGGAAAAGGAGAAUCUCUGGAAUUUAAUCAAACAUCUAGUGACACUUCUACAACGAGUCCACUAGCUGUGCCGCAUGGAAGCAAUAAUAGAAUUGCAUGGGAUACCCUGGGACAACAAAGAUCAGAAGCUCUGGAGUCACUACUUGAACUUUGUGCACAACUACUUAGACGAGAAAGGCUAGAGGAACUUGCAGGUGUACUGAGACCAUUUGGGGAAGAAGCCGUUUCAUCAAGAGAAACAGCUAUUUGGUUGACAAAAGGCCUAAUGAGUAUUCAAAAACAAGGUGAGGAAACCUAG